AUGGAAGAAAGACAAAAGGCUAUUGCGGCUGCCAACAAGCAACCAUCAGUCCAACUCCCAGCUCCUCAUCAGUCUGCAGCAUCUUACAAAACUCCAUCAAGACGUCCCGCAGCAGAUCUUCAAAACUGUGAAGAAAAUGAGGACCGAACUAGCAAUGACGACUCCUCCAAUGGAGAAGACCUUGCAAAUCCAACUCAAAAUCAAGACAGUAGCCCCUCCCAACUUCUACCACUUGAUCCCCUUUUGAUAUAA